UUAGCCUGGGAAGCUAACUUGUCCAAGUUGUUUGUUUUGGGAUGUUGGAAUUAUUGUUUUGAAUACUGAAUGUUGCUGUCUGAAAUGAUUCAGAGUCAGGAAUCUGCUUGCAUGAACUAGUGAGCAAAAUGAGGUUUCGCAUUUGUAGAUACUGUUUUCGAGUGAGAGGUGUGUACCAGAUGGUGGGUUACCUCCUCUUGUUCCUGUUUAUGGUGCUCUCACUACAGUUUCGGGACACUGUGUCAGAUUGUACAGUCUUCAAUCUUCAAGGCACCCUGUUUUACCGUCCUCGCCCUCAUUUUUUCUGCAUCAAAUACAGUGGAAACCUUGGAGACCAGAUGUUUCAGUAUGCAUUCCUACUGACUCUGCACAUCCGCCACAGCACAGAAAUCACACUUCAGUCCAGUAAUAUACUCACUCCAGUGUUUGACAUUGUUCCACAGAAUGAAUUUAUUCUACAAUACUGUGACUGUUUUCCAAAGAGAACUGAGAAAGAGACUAAGUAUGGCUUUGACCCAACACUAAUGAAUGUGGACAUUAACUUUGAAGGUAACUACAGAAGCUACAAAUACUUUGAAAGUCAAGUUGAUGAGGUUCGUUCAAGAUUCCAUCCAAAGAAAUGGAUUACGUCAAAAGUUCGCCAAGAAUUGGAAAAAGUGAGGAACAGGGAUAAAAAUUCUGCUUUAGUGAGUAUUUAUUUAGGGCAUCCUGUGGAAGAAUUCAGUGGAACAAAUGCCGAAAAUUUCCUUCAGAAAGCCAUGCAGUUUUAUAGAGACCGUUAUAAACAUGUUAUCUUCGUUUGUGUGAUAAAACAAGAAACUCAAACAUCUUGGAUGAAUUUUGAAUUGAAACAUCAACAGGAUGUAUCAGUGUUGGUGGAGUCAGCUGAGGAAGUUAUAUUAGGACUACUGGCUGGUGUAGAUCACUCUAUCAUACUGAAUGAUUCCCUGGCCUGGUGGGGAGCUUGGUUAGCACGAGGUGAGGUGGUCUACUACAAGCAUAAAAAAGACAGUACUGAGAGUGCUCGGUCGGAUGCCAUCUUGAAUCCUCCAUCCUGGAUUGCACUGUGAUUAUAAACUCUCUGAAUUGUUAGCAAAUUGAUGUCAUUGUGCAACAGCUACUUUUUUUAAUCAACAACUUUUUCAUUUAAAUACAAGAGGUAUUUUGUGAAAAAAAUUUUCACAGAUUUUUCAAAUGCUAAGGAAAGUAUUUGGUGUAGAAAUCCAGAUUGUCAACCUAGUCCUCUACUUCAUGACACAUCUUGUUCUUAAUUUUUAUCUGGUACAAAUUAUACUGAUAUUCUUCUCACUCCUCUGUGUUCUAAACUUCUGCACUGUUUCACAGUCGCAGGAGAUGUUUCUGUCUUCUCCAAAAUAAUUGCUGUUGAUUUGAAAUUGUCCUAUUACCCCAUUCUAAAUUUUGUUUUGAUUAGUAAAAAUGUUUUUUUAUGUGUAGGAUACUUUUCCAUUGUCCUUUGUUAUUGGGAUUUGAUUCCCGUUGAUAUGACAAUCAUGCUGUCAAGUCAGAGAAAUAUUCUUAUUUAGAUUCUUGCUCCUCCUAAGGUAGAAAAACCUGGUGGGUGAUAGACACCUGAAGAGUUCAUGUCAGUAUGUUAACCAUGUAGUUUUGAUUUAGUAAAUACCACCUCAGCAUUCAAUGUGUGAUACAUAUCUGGGUCAUGUGUCAAAAUGUCCAUAUAGGUGAUAAGUAGUUCUGUAGAGAGAGAUGUAAUUUUCUGUGUCCUUAGGGAAGCUUGAUAGUUUCUUUUCCAUGUCACAAUGUCUUAAGUAUAUCUUUUAAAUAAAUGCCUUGCUCAGAUUGUACAUUUCACUGGUAUAAACAGCAUGUACACCAACAUAUUUCACAAGACAGUACAAACAGUAUGUAUUUAACGUGUCUCACGAAACACCAAUGUAUUUUUAUGGCUCACAAAACAGUACAUACAGUAUAUUUCAUGUCUCGCAAGACAGUACAUGCAGUAUGUAUUUUUUCUUUGUCUCACAAAAUAGAACCAGAACAUAUACAGUAUACAUGUACAGCAGUAUAUAUUUUUAUGUGUCUCAUAGCACAGUACUUACAGUAUGUAUUUCAUUUGUUUCACAAGACAUUAAAUGCAGUAUGCAGUUUUCUUUGUCUCACAAAAUAGUAUACAGUAUGUAUUUUAUGUUAUUCAAAACACAAUACAUGUAUGUAUUUUAAGUGACUCACAACACAGUACAUACAGUAUGUAUUUUAUGUUUCAAUAUGGAAAACAUUUAGCCUUGCAUAAGUCUUGAAGUUUAUCUUAAAUUUUGUAAACAAAAAAAAAAGAAAUCCAUUUUGACUUCACAUUUUAUUCACACCCUAAUGCCAAAGAGAUGUUGAUCAUGUAAAAACAGUUUCUUCAAAUAUAGUAUUCACAACUGUUUUUUUCUGGUCUCCAUGUCUAAAUUAUGUCAAAUUUCACUGAUUCUCCCUUUAUGUACCCCACCUGUUCAUACAUCAUUGUCUCCACUUGUAGGCCUCCCAUGUUGCUGAUACAAGUGUCCUGUUAUUACUGCAAAUUGCUGAUCUUGCUUUACUCGUCCCUAAGUUGCUAAUAUUCCACAGGUGAACCUUUCACUAUCUGUUUGCUUUUUGUAAAGAACCCCGGUUAUCUGUGGACUGUAGAUAUUAGUUGAGGAGUUUUUAGAGAUCGUAGUUAUUUUAACUGGAUUUGUUGUGUUGAAUUAGAGUUGAUAUAGUAUUGGACAGGCUUUGCUUUAUAAUUCACUUUUCAGUUAUUAUUUAAAUCUACAAUAGUUAUUUUAACUGGAUUUGUUGUGUUGAAUUAGAGUUGAUAUAGUAUGGGACAGGCUUUGUUUUACUUUUCAGUUAUUAUUUAAAUCUACAAUAUGUGUUUAUACUUCAUGGUUACUUCUUAACAAUGGAAGUAAUUGGUUCCGAUUACAUUUGUACAGUUCUGAUUUCGCUAUAGUGAAAUCUGCUGAUAUAGACCAUCCUACUAGUAAUAGAUCCUAGAAAAGAGAUGUAUUAGCUGUAAUGGAUACUGUCUUUUAUACUGGUAUGUGAUAAUGCUUAUAUGGUGUGUACUUAGAAACAGAUAGGAUAGUAGUUAUAACAAUGAGAUCUUAUGAUAAUAGUUAUCACACUGAGAAACAGAUACAAUAUUAGUUAUAACACCGAGAAACAGAUACAAUAUUAGUUAUCACACUGAGAAACAGAUACAAUAUUAGUUAUUAUACUGAGAAACAGAUACAAUAUUAGUUAUUAUACUGAGAAACAGAUACAAUAUUAGUUAUCACACUGAGAAACAGAUACAAUAUUAGUUAUUAUACUGAGAAACAGAUACAAUAUUAGUUAUCACACUGAGAAACAGAUACAAUAUUAGUUAUAACACUGAGAAACAGAUACAAUAUUAGUUAUUA